AUGGAUAACCUCCAAGACAUCGUGAAAAAUCUUAAGGAGAAACCCCUUUACAAAUCGUUCAAAAAGGUCCAUAAGAAGUACAAGUCACGUUUUUUAGGCAAGAUGGCGAGUAACAGAAAAAUAAGCCAAAAGGUUGAGGCCUUUGAUAACAACAUAACGCAGCGAGGCAACGUGCCGCCCUCCUUGGUCAAGAAGGGAAAGAAACAUCCUGUGGGACCCAUACUUCUCGUAAUUUUCAUUUUUGUCGUUAUUGGAUCGGUUUUUAUCCAAAUGUUGAGUAUGAUACAGAAGUCGAAAACGUUUGACUGA